CUGUUUGUAUAUAUUUUCAGCAUGUCGAAACGUGUGUAAAAAGCCCAAUAACUAUCCAAGGCCUUUUCAAUAUGGCCUAUCCAAGCGGGGCUAAUCAAUUCUAUUAAGCAAUUAAGCACGGUUUAGCUAAGUAGAAUGGAUUUCUAGUGGAAGUUUUUAUAGAUCAAGAACAUUUCAGAGAUGAAGAUCAUUUUGUUGCUACUUUCGACAUUAGCUCCCCUCAGCCUGGCUCGAAAUUUGUAUAUACCCAGCCAAUGUGAGUCCACCCUGCUCCCUUUAGAAGUUUGCGCCUAUGUGGGAUGUUUUAUAAAUAUUGAUCAAAGGGAUAUCGAAUUCAUUAACUGUGAACGUGAACUGAGAGGAAGGCCACCCCUGAACUUUUACUCGGAGGGUAAGUGCGGCCCACUGUUGGUGCCCAAAUGCGAAACUUUUGAUUUCUAAAUAAAACGUUUGAGCUGAAA